GACUUUACUUAGACGGACUGAAGCAACAUGACAGCCGCUGGUGAAAACAGUGCUGUGAAUGUGGUGGAAGCAGCAGAAAUGGAUGAGGAGGCGAAAAUGCAAAUGUUAAAAGGCAAGAAGAUAGUCAUGCUGUUAGCUUUUCACUUCAUAUUUACUGUAACAACUAGCUGGGACGUCAGUUUAACGUUAUUAACAUGUUUUUUGUUACCGAGGUCACAGCAAUGUCGAGCUGUUGGGUCUUUACAUGCACCAAACCCCAUUUAAAAAUAAUACAUUUCAGCUACUGAUAUAACUGAACACACUUUUAUGCGAGUUAUUUUGGGUUACGCAAGGCGACUGACGCUGGCUUGUAUUCUGGUUUUGGUGGAUUAUGUGGAUAAAAUUGCCAUUUAACUGAAGUCCACUCAAAAAUUAUAUCUGUCAUUGGUAAAUAGCCUUUUUAGUGUGGCCUUUAUUUUCGUGUCGCCAAAUUCCAUUCAAAUUGUAUCCAAUUUAUGCUUUUCUUUAAUGUCAGUGUUUUUUCUCUGAGCGUGAUUCAUAAGCAGUUAUGUAUUUUGAAACAUUUAUACGUUUAUUAUAAUUCGGCUAAAUAAAAUCAACCAAACAGCUUUUUUUAAUUUUUUUUUAUUCAUUCCCAUCUUGUCAUCCUCUUGGAGAUCGGUAAGAGGCUUGAAGGUUGAAACAUUCAUUGAUAUUUAAAUCGAGUUUGGUGCUAACAGGCACUAAAAAUAAUGCACAGAGCUCAUAAUUGAGUUUUAUUUCUACAGUAAGUGUAUAGAAAAUAAGCAGUAUUGUGUGAAGUAUUUUCUCAUGUGAGUUAGGUAGGAAAGCAGGUCAACGUUCAGAGGGGUGACAAACUGCAGCAAAAAUGGUCUUAUCUUUUGUUUUUCUUUUCUUUUCUGUUUUUAAAUCUGAAAUCUUCUAUCCUCUGUGCAGGUGCAGCUUUCCUGACCACGGUGGCGUCAGCAGGAAUGAUUGCAGGAUUUGGCUCCACGUUGGCGCUGGCUAAAAAGAAGAGUCCAGAUUGGUUUAAUAAGGUUCAGUUCCCAGUUUUGUUUUCUUGUUGAUCAUGGCUCAGACUCAAGUUUAUAAUGUUUUUGGAUUCAAGUAUGUGAUCGUGAAGAUAUCAGACUGUACUUUUAGGAAAUAUUUAGAGAAGAAAAAAAAUCAAUAUAAUUUUAAGUCUAGUUUGGAGGAUUGCUGAGCUAGCUCAUAUCCAAAAAUCAAUAAAAUAAGGUCCCCCUCAAAACAAAUUGUAAUAAUAACAAUAAUAAUGAUAAUAACAACAGGGACUGAACUUGGAUUGUUCUCUGGUGACUUGGACCUGAACACUGAAGGGCUUAAGACUUCAUUCAAAACAAACAAACAAAAAAAGUCAAAUUUAGAAAGUGAAGUAGAAUAACUUUACAGUUAAAUUAGUGACUGAAGUAUUUAAAGUCAUGUCAGCAUGAUGUUUUCAUGUGAAAGGACUUGUCUGUGAGUUUUAGUGUGUCUUGUUUUUCUCCGAUUUCUAACCGGAUUAUCGUCCUGUGGUAUCCGGGCAUAAAUAUCUCAGAGAGAAAACAAACAAACUCUGACGUCUGCGCUCCCUCCUGACCAGACGCCGUGAAAGCACAUUUUUAUCUUUCCAUGAAGCCUCAGAGUUUCUCAGACUUGUCCUGUUAGCUGGAACGUUCCGAUUAUCAUCCGCUCACAGGACCUGAUUACAUCUGACGCACACAAACACUAAAGUUAGCGCAGAGGAACAACCGAGCAUUUGUUUCUGUCUCUAUUUCUGUCACAGACUCUGUCUUUGUCGUCUAUGUCGCACCCCCACAGGACCCAGAAACUCUCUAAAACAUGAAAUUAGAUUAAAGCAGAAGCCAUGAGUGCUGCAGGAAAGAGGUCAUCAGGAAAUCCAAGAGAAAUGUCUGAAAUUUAAUUGUUUUCUUUAAAAUGUUUUGAUUUUUUUCCUAGAUUUUUUAAGUUUUUCUGGUUUUGAUGUCUGCAAAAAUCAUGUGUAUGAAGAUCAAAUUUGUACACAGUGAUUAAAAAACUGUCAUUCAGCCGAAGCUGUGAAGAUGAAACUGUGUCAAACAUCUCGCAGGAGUUUAACCUUUGACAUGCAGAAAGAAGUAAACAUGAAGCAUAAGAUUUGAGAGGCGUCACAGGGGGGCGCCAAAGUCAACACAAACAGAAAGUUCCUCACAGGAGCUUUAAUUUGGACUUGUGAUCACAGAUAUGUAGAUUAAGUUUAAUGCUGCUGUAAAAGAUAAAACUUUAACUCACACUUUUUUCCUUCCUCGUUGUUUUUUCUCUGACUCCGCCUCCUCUGCAGGGUGUGACAGUAACGGCUGCAGCCCCGGAGAGCGGGGCCUCUCUGGCCCUCAGAGCACUCGGCUGGGGGUCUCUGUAUGCCAUCUGUGGGGUCGGUCUACUCAGCUUUACAGUGUGGAAAGUUCUGGAUGUUCACAGUGUAGGUACCUACUGCUGAAGAGUCACGAGGACUAAAACACUGAAACUUUUACUCAUCUUUUAACAAUUAACGUAGAAUAAUAACGGUCAUUGUUGAGGACCGAUUUUCAUUGUCUCAUACUUUUAACAGAAACUUUAGUUUCCCAAGAAUCCUUUGAAAAGAGAUUUUUAUAUCACUGAGAAAAUUAAGUGUAGAAAAAUGGAAAAAAUUGGGUGUUAAAGCUGUAAAAAGAAUAUUUUAUAGCAGUAAAACAUAAACACACAAAACAUCAAACUUUUUAUUAACUUAAUGGAUAUCAGAGCUUUUGAUAUUUAGACAAAAUUACCUGUAGUAUUUAAAGUCACACUAUAAAGAAAAAUAGUUCAAAAUAUUUGAGGUUGUAAAAUUACACUUAAAAGGCAGCGAAAAUUUUCCAAAGAUUUACAAAAAUUUUGCUAAAAUGUAGAGAAUAAACCUCAUAACAACUAAAGUCCUACAUCAAAAGGAAAUAGUUGAACAUAAGUGACAAUUUUUAAAUAAUGCUUAAAUUUGGGUAAAACCCCCAAAAUAUAAAAUAUUUUAAGUUGAAAUUUAAAAGAAAGUAAAUAAAAUUCAGAAUAAAUGUCUUUAAUAGGUGUGACAAUUUAAAAUUGAAGUAGCAAUGUUAAAAAAAAAAGAUGUUUUAAAAAUCUGAGAAAAUUAGACAUUUUAAAACAUUUUAAGAAAAUUAGUGUAAAAUUUAUCGGAACCAUACCAAGUUUUGUUUUAAUUAAUUUUGGGGGGAAAAAUGUGACAACAAAAUUUUAAAAUUAUUUUGAAAGAAAAUGUGAAAUUUAAAAAAUACAAAAUUCAACGUUCUAAAUUAUUUUAGGAAAAAGUGUCAAUUGGAGUUCUCACUUUAUUCUGACCCUUUUCUCUCCUCCAGUUGUCAGAGUUCAGACAGAAGAUGCAGUCCUUCUUCCCGUCCAUCCCAAAGUCCCCCGAGUCCUCAUCCAGAUCUGAACCUGUGGACUGGGACUCGCUAUUCAAGACAAAAUGAUCUGCUGCUGGACAACCAAUGCAAUGAAGGAGUCAAUGCAAAAACUGAAACCCAGACACUUGGCGUCUGGUCUCUGUGUGCUUGGUGAAGCUUUCAGACCCAUCCGAUCUCAUUUUGAACCUCUGUCUGGUCCUCAGCAGCCCUCCUGGUUCUGAGUGGAUGUUUAUAUUUGUACAGAAACAUUUUUUUUUUUAUCACGGUGUGUUCGUGAUUUGGUUUUUGGGGUCUGGGGUGACCUGCUAAAAAUGUGAGAAACAGUUUGUCCUUCUGUAAUGAUCAUUUCAGCCUCCAGAGGGUGCUAAUGUGCCUGAAAACUGCUCAGACAUUAACAUCUAGGGAAAAGACUGAACCUUAUCAAAUUUGGAUCACAUGAACAUAAAUCAGCUGUUAUUAAACUAUUUAUCAAGA